AUGGCGAGAUUCACACCUUUCGUGUGCUUCUUGCUUUUGGCGUUCCCUUACGUUCAAGUAUCGGCAUUCGAUCCCGUGUCGAUCGCUGCGGUUUCCGCACUGAUCGGUAUCGUAACCGGUAUCAUCACCUUCGCCAAUCAAGCAUCAGAGGGAAUAAAAGGCGGAAUGAGAUACUUAGGAGAAGAGCCAGAAAACGAUGAUGGCUACAAACGACCUUUCAACCCUAUGCACAGCAGCUUGAUGGAUCAGUUGCGAUACCUUUCGAAGAAAAGUGACCUUUUGAAGGCGGAUAUUGACGAUAUGAGGGACGAGAUAAUAAACCAGGUCUCUGAAAAGGUUCCUGGACUGGUCGAGUUGAACAGCAGAUUAUCGGAAAUAUUCGUCAAAUCUGUUAGCAUAGCCAAGGAUUACGAUAACUUUUUGAGGUACUACGAACAUCCCGAGAAGUACGAUAAAAACAGGGUCAUACAGUUCGCUAGAAAAAUGGUAUCCGACGAUAGCACUGGUGUAACACAUCAGCUUGAGCGUAUUCACACGCUUUUGGUACGCAGAGACAUCACAACACCCAGUGCUGUUGUAUUGUUGGCUAACCACAUUGACCUGUUCAUUAGAAACGCAAAACUGUUCAAAAGUCCACAGCAAUUGCUUUAUGAUUUUCUAAAUUCGAUUAUUUACACUGAAAUCAAGGGUUACUUAACCAUCAAGUACUGUUACAACCUUCUCAGCUUGUACAAGCAAGAGGGAAAAUUCGGAGCCCACAUUGAGGAUGCGGAGCACGACUUCGGCAAAAGGCUGAACAUAACUGUUGAAACUUUCAAGAGUGCUAUGAACCUCGUAUCUCGAGAAUUGUGGAGAAAUAAUCCAGUUCAACAUAUAGAAGAUGUUACAUACACGGAAUUGAAACACGUAUUCCAGAAGUACAUCAUCAACGAAUACGAUAUAAGCCCCGGUGAUCAAUGCAAAAAUCAGUGCUCAGAUUAUAGAAGACCAGAAUCGAAGGCUCCUCACAGAUGUGCCUAUCAAGGAGAAAUUUGUGAAAUCACACAUUGCGAUGGAUAUUUGUUCGAUUGCCAGUACAAGAUCGAUACCGAGAUGUCGAUUUGUCCAUCGGGCAGGGAUAGCAGUCGCAGAUACGAUUACAUCGAUUAUGCAAAUGGACUACGAUACGGCGAUUCGAAGCACAAGUGUUCCAUGAAUCCACUUACGACCACACGGAAAUUAUCCGGAUUAUGGUGGUGUGACCCAUGCAUGUGCGUAUGCGCGGAUACCUCGAAAAAAUCAGAGAGCCGAUUCAAUUUGGAUCCUGUGAUGGCAAACAGUGCUGAGAACUACGUACUAACAGGAGCACGAUUGGUAAAACGCAAUCGUAUGAUUCACAUUCAAAUACAAGAGGGACAAUUAUUGCAAAACGGACGAAUUAACGCAAGUACUCUCCGAUGGUCGAAGAUAAAUGAAAAUCCCAUAUCUUACCAUACUUUGCAAUGGGAACAAAAAAGGGAAAUUCAUUUGGAUGAUUUAAUGGCCCCUAAAAACCACGUCUUGACAGGACUAUCCUUCACGACUAUACAAGUUGAUUCAGCAUACACGAAACGCUUGAAAUUACAAGCAUAUGCAGCACCAUUAUAUUUCCAUUCUGGGGAAGUUAUUGAUAAACAUCAAAUGCCAUUGUAUCCUAAAGACUUCUCACCGACUAAUGCCACGAACGAGAUCAAACUGGACAACCUUGAUGUGCCAACUCGAACUUCGGUGCAGACGGUCACAAAAUCGAAACAGGACCAGUUCCUGAAAUUCGGACCGACUGGUUUGGAUAAAGACGUUGGACAGAGCACGAUUCCCUUUAUCGACAUCCAAGAAGUGACGACUAGCCCAGCGAUACCAAUGUCCGGAGCUGGAAUUUACCAUAAAAGUAGAUCUGGUAAUGGAGGAUUUUUAGCGCUCAGACUGUUUUCUUACGAUUACGCACAGCAUCUGGAAGCGGAUCUUCCUGAAGAUUAUGAAAGUUUGGACUCUGUCAAAGGAUUGUAA